CGGGCCGGCUUUGUGGAGCGCUGCGGAGGGUGCGCGCCGGGCCGCGGCCGCGAACAAAGGAGCAGGGCGCCGCCGCGGGGACCCGCCACCGACCUCCCGGGCCGCGCCGGGGCCCUCCCGCCCGCCGCCACCAUGACCGCCAACGGCACUGCCGAGGCGGUGCAAAUCCAGUUCGGCCUCAUCAACUGCGGCAACAAGUACCUGACGGCCGAGGCGUUCGGGUUCAAGGUGAACGCGUCGGCCAGCAGCCUGAAGAAAAAGCAGAUCUGGACGCUGGAGCAGCCGCCCGACGAGGCGGGCAGCGCGGCCGUGUGCCUGCGCAGCCACCUGGGCCGCUACCUGGCGGCGGACAAGGACGGCAAUGUGACCUGCGAGCGCGAGGUGCCAGGCCCCGACUGCCGCUUUCUCAUCGUGGCGCACGACGACGGCCGCUGGUCGCUGCAGUCCGAGGUGCACCGGCGUUACUUCGGCGGCACCGAGGACCGCCUGUCGUGCUUCGCGCAGACCGUGUCGCCGGCCGAGAAGUGGAGCGUGCACAUCGCCAUGCACCCGCAGGUCAACAUUUAUAGCCUGACCCGCAAGCGCUACGCGCACCUGAGCGCGCGGCCGGCCGACGAGAUCGCCGUGGACCGCGACGUGCCCUGGGGCGUCGACUCGCUCAUCACGCUGGCCUUCCAGGACCAGCGCUACAGCGUGCAGACGGCCGACCACCGCUUCCUGCGCCACGACGGGCGCCUGGUGGCGCGCCCCGAGCCCGCCACCGGCUACACGCUCGAGUUCCGCUCUGGCAAGGUGGCCUUCCGCGACUGCGAAGGCCGCUACCUGGCGCCGUCGGGGCCCAGCGGCACGCUCAAGGCGGGCAAGGCCACCAAGGUGGGCAAGGACGAGCUCUUCGCCCUGGAGCAGAGCUGCGCCCAGGUCGUGCUGCAGGCGGCUAACGAGAGGAACGUGUCCACGCGCCAGGGUAUGGACCUGUCAGCCAAUCAGGACGAGGAGACCGACCAGGAGACCUUCCAGCUGGAGAUCGACCGCGACACCAAAAAGUGUGCCUUCCGCACCCACACGGGCAAGUACUGGACGCUGACGGCCACCGGGGGUGUGCAGUCCACUGCCUCCACCAAGAACGCCAGCUGCUACUUUGACAUCGAGUGGCGCGACCGGCGGAUCACCCUGCGAGCGGCCAACGGCAAGUUUGUGACGGCCAAGAAGAACGGGCAGCUGGCCGCCUCGGUGGAGACAGCAGGGGACUCGGAGCUCCUCCUCAUGAAGCUCAUCAACCGUCCCAUCAUUGUGUUCCGCGGGGAGCACGGCUUCAUCGGCUGCCGCAAGGUCACGGGCACCCUGGAUGCCAACCGCUCCAACUAUGACGUCUUCCAGCUGGAGUUCAGUGACGGGGCCUACAACAUCAAAGACUCCACAGGCAAGUACUGGACAGUGGGCAGCGACUCCUCGGUCACCAGCAGCAGCGACAGCCCUGUGGAUUUCUUCUUCGAGUUCUGUGACUACAACAAGGUGGCCAUCAAGGUGGGCGGGCGCUACCUGAAGGGCGACCACGCGGGUGUCCUGAAGGCCUGCGCCGAGACCAUCGACCCCGCCACCCUGUGGGAGUACUAGCCUGCGCCCGGCGCCCUGUCCCCGCCCCGCCCUGCCCCUUCUGCUAAUAACUCUCUUCUCCAGGCGGGCCCCGGCGGUGGAAGCCCCUUGCCUUUCAAACUGGAAACCCAGAGAAAACGGCGCCCCCACCUGUUGCCCCGUGCCUGGUCCUUGGAGGGGAUCUCAGACCCCUCUGCCCUCUCUUCUCUGCCAUGGGAGAGGCUGGCAUCCCUUUUUUCUGACCUCAGACGACUCUGAGCCUUAUUUCCCCAAAGUGGCUAAGGAGAGUGGGGGCCUGGGAGGCCUUCCUGAGCCCCUGGGCCUGGUGGGGUGUGUAACUGGAAUCUUCUGCCCCUUACCAAGAGCCUCUCCCCGCCCCCCCCUCCCCGGGAGCACCACCCCUGAGGCAGGGGGAGGCUGUAGUGGGGGGAGAAGGUGAAACCGGCGUGUGCCGGCUGCUGUCCUCUCUGCACCGCAUGGGCCUGCCUGCCGGCCUGCCGCUCUCGUCUGGGUGGUCUUGUCUCUCAUCUUUCACCCUGGCCUGACUGGAAGCAGAAAAUGACCAAAUCAGUAUUUUUUUUUUUUUUUUAAUGGAACAUGAUUGCUGGAGGCGCCCAGGCAAGCCUAGCGGCAGCCACGAGUGGUCUUCGAGGGGUCUGGUGGGGGAUCUUCAAACGGCAUCUCCGGGCCUCACAGCCCUACUUGCUUGCUGGCUGUGUGUGUGUUUUGGGGGGGGCGGUGCUUCAGGGUGCUUCCCUGAAUCCCAGACCUGCCCCUGCCUCCUUGGGACCUCUCGCUCGCCCUCUCCCUCCCCCUGCCCGGGCCUGUGUCCUCCAUCUGGUGGUGCUGAGCCCCCCACCGCCUCAGCCAGAGCCCCCGGGGUGAUUGGUGCUCCCUGUCCGACUGGACUCCUUGGGUCUCCGGGUGGGAUGAAGCUGGGCGGCACCCUCUGCCGGGAGCCCCCUGGGGAGCUCCCAGCCCCGCCUCCUGCCAGCCCCUCCCUCCCCCCUGUUCAUCUCUGCCAUGCAUCUCACUCUGGGUGUCUUGGUCUUUUAUUUUUUGUAAGUGACAUUUGUAUAACUAAACGCCCAUGAUAGUAGCUUCAGACUGGAAAGCAAAAUAAAACAAUGCGUGUGCAGCCCUGA